AUGGUAGUGGUUGAUGCACAGGCACAGAUUGUCUUCAUGUCUGAUAGGGAUUGGAACGAUUGGCAGUGGGAGAUCUACGUGAUGGAUACCGAUGGGGACAAUCAGCGAAACCUGACUAACACCCCUGGUGAUGACGAGUAUCCCUCAUGGUCUCCUGACGGGAAACAGAUUGUCUUUACAGCUGAUAGGAGUGGUAAGGAUUGGAACCGGCAAAUCUACGUGAUGGAUGCCGAUGGGAGUAAUCAGCGAAACCUUUCUGACAAUGACUUUGAUGACUGGGACCCCGCAUGGUCUCCCGAUGGCAAACGGAUUGCCUUCGCGUCUCAGAGGAAUGCGCCCACUGAAAUCUACGUGAUGAAUGCCGAUGGUAGCAAACCAAAAAACCUCACCAAUCUUCGCUUACCCGACUAUGGUCCCUCAUGGUCACCGGACGGAAGGCACAUUGCUUUUUAUUCUUGGAGGGACGGGAACAUGGAAGUCUAUGUGAUGGACGCCGAUGGGGGUAACCCUAAAAACCUCACCAACAAUGCGAGGUCUGAUACGAACCCCUCAUGGUCACCGGACGGUAAGCGCAUUGCCUUUGAGUCCUGGAGGGAUAGGAACGGUGAAAUCUAUGUAAUGGAUGCCGAUGGGAGUAAUCCGCGAAAUCUCACCAAUCAUCCGUUUAAGGAUUGGGAACCCUCCUGGUCCCCUGACGGGAGGCGGAUUGUCUUCGUAUCUGAUAGAGAGGUGGAUGGAAACCCUGAAAUCUACGUGAUGGACGCCGAUGGGGGUAACCCUAAAAACCUCACCAGUCAUCCCGAGGAUGACCUUGCUCCUGCAUGGUUUGGUCCUGCUUUUUCGGUUGCUCCCGCCGGUAAGACCCUCACGCUAUGGGGACAGGUCAAACAGGCAGACCGAUGA